GAGAAAAAAUGAAUUUGAGGGAGGAAGGGGAUGGAAUGUGCCCUUUCCAUACUAGUCGAUCCGGUGAUUUUGGAUUAGUCCGUUCGAGAUUCGGCCUUUUCGUAGAAUAUGGCCGAUAAUUGUAGCUAAACCGAACAUUUGAUUCAAAUUUGUAUUCUUUCUGCACGAACGAAGAAUAUCGAUAACGUCGACCGAACUCAGGAAGAUUUUCAUUGCAGUAGAUAUCGGCGGAGUCUAAUUGCCGGAAUCUCGGGCGAUAUUUGCAUCCCUGGAUGUGAUUGUUCGGAUCUGGGGGUUGUUGGUCUUCUGCAAUGAAGAGACUGAUUGAGUUUGGGAGAAAAGCCCUGUUCUACGUUAGGGUUCUGUCCGGAUACGAAGAGCGAAGAAUCCGUUCUUAUCGCUUACAGCUUCAGCAGCGUCUUCAGCAGGCAGAAGAGAAGAAAGCAGCAAUAAGGAGAGUUCCAGAACAAGUAAUUUUAUCAGAGGUCCGUAACAUGGUGGGGGAGUUGCAAGCUUUGAAUAAGCAGCUAGAGGAAACUGAGACUCAAAUUAACGAGCAUUUCAAGCCAAUUGAGAAGGAAGCCGAGGCCAUAAUGGAAAUGCAACUUGAAAGGGAGGCAACGGCAAUGGUGGAUAUGAUGACGGAGUCACACAGGCAGACUUUGCUCCAACAAAUUGAAGCCGAGAAGAAAAUGGCCAAACAAAAUCUGGAGAAGAGCAAACAUUUGCAAGAGGGUUCACCCACCACUUCUCAACCUGAAAGGUGACUUUCCCUGUUAGAUUUUGUAUGAUUGGGCAUUGCUAGAUUUAGAGUGUGUGUACUAUUGUUGCAAUACAGACAUCAACACAUAUGGAUUCUUGAUGUCAUUUCAUUAAAAUAAGAGGUUUUGGUUGUUUUCAACCUCUCGUCAUUUGGGAACAAUUGUGCGCCGUAUUCCUAAACAACGUGGGAAAUUUUUGGGUUGG